UUUGACGCCGAUGUCGCAGUCUUCGCCUGAAUUCAGACCUCCAUCCUUCCAGAUCCGUCGCGUCCUUCCCGUCCGAAAUUACUUGGCGAUGCCUUUGCGGCCAUCGCGCGACGGGCGAUGCAGCUGUGCCAGAAGAAGCAGCGCCUCUCCAUUGAGCUGAACUUCGAAGAGCGAGCUUUGCGCGGCACCAGCGUCUUUGAGCUCGACUUGACAGAUGUUCAGAAGGGUGCCAGAUGCGGCUGUUCUGGACAAAUCCGACUCCCCAGCAAUGGCGCGCUGGCAGGAAGCAGCUGCAGGCUUGUGGCCCGAGGCUGCUGCUCCGAGGCAGGGAGCAAGGUCUCUCCUUGGCUUCCGCUGGACGCGGAGGAGACAGGUGGAGCAUUGCAUGUACGUCGGUCAGAGAAUGCGUUGCUUCUCGAUGCGGAAACCCUGGAUGCCUUGCACGAGUUGGUGGGACCAGCGUCCGGAGAAACAGAAGCUCUUGACAGGAGCACCGGCUUUGUCCUGGAGCUGGCCGUUGAAUGGACCAUGGCAGGCGAGCAAGUGAUGCCUGAGACCUCGUUGCAACACUUCAUCCGACUUCCAGUGCAUCCACGGGAUGCAGGUGGCUUCAGUGAUGGACUCGAUCGGGAAAGUAGUGCAGACAUGGACUUCUUCUUGGCAGGACAUCUUGGACAGUGUUGGUUUCCAACUUGGCAUUCACAGGACGAGUGUGAACAGCGGUGCCCAAUGGAGAUUGAGGUGACACUGCCCGUGGGAUGCUCCUGUGGAACGGCUGGGCGUUUAGUGCAGCGGAAGCAGCUUUCACCGUCCAGGUGCAGCCUUUGGUUCUUUGAGGGGACAGCUUUGUUCCCCAGUGAAGUACCACUGAUCGCCGGACCUCUGGAGGAACUUGAGAAAGAAGGGCUCCGAGUGCUGGCACCACGUGGCUUCGAGCUGGCGGAAGCACUGGAGGAAUUCCUGGCCGACCGCCGGAGCCUGGUCAACACGCUGGACUAUCCAUGGCCACUUUUUGGAUGCACGGCCAUGUUCCUUCCGCUGCCGCAUCUGCGUCCACUGGCCUGUCCACUCGUCCGUCCCUCCUGCGAGCGGGUGAUGGAGAGGACCUCACGGAUCCAUGCCUCCAGUCUCCCUUUGCUCACCCUGCACGGCAGCGUCUAUUUGUUCGACCUCACGUUGCUGGGAAGUGCUUGUCCGAGUUUCACUCUCUCGAUCGUGCAACCCUUGCGCAGCUACGCCUUGGCUUCUGCUUGGUUUGGCUUCUUGUUGGAGCUGGAACCAUGGUUGGCGCAUGGCUUGCGGCGUUUGAUGGCAGAUGGUGUCCUACUGCAGCGCUGGCCUUCUGGGCUAGCAGAAGCAGAAAUCUCUGCUCGCCUUCAUGACGAAGGUGAAGUCUGGCAGAUGCUGGUUGAAGAGGGUCUCGACCGGAAAAGUCUCAGUGAGCAGCUUCAGACGACACGAGGUUCAGUGGCUGAGAGUCUUGGGCCGGUGAGAGAGCUCAAGGCAUAUUUGCUGUGCCAUGAGCUUUGCAGGAUUUGUGGAUGGAAGGCCUUUCAUCAGCACUUGGCAGCCCUGCUAAGCGGCACCAAGCAGCUGAGUACUGAGCAGUUCUUGGAGAAGCUGGCUGAGCACCCCGAGUUAGAAAGCCGACAACUGCAGGGGGAGCUUGGGAACUUUGCGCAGCAGUGGAUCCAUGGCCUCGGCGCGCCAGAAGUGCACGUCGGCUGGUUCUACAAUCGCGCCUUCCAUCGCUUGGAGUUCGUCGCCUCACAAAUUCCCUUGGAGCCCUUGGCAAAGCAGAUGGAGCGGAGCGGCGCAGGCUCGCGCAGAACCGCUCCCGCCGCGGCGUCCGCGGCGUCCGCGGCGUCUGCACCGCGCAAAGAAGCGCGGGGAAUCGGCUUUGGCUAUGCGGGCGAGGUCGAGGACUUCGUCACGGGUGCCCAGCAACGCUUGGCCGAGCGAGCACGCCAUGUUCUCGGAUGUCAGAGCGAGAGCAGCGGAGACCUCAGCGCGAGCGGCGGAGACAUCGCGCUGGCGAAGGUCUUGCGAAAGUAUUGGCGCGCUCCACUGACCGUUGAGAUUCACCUCUCGACGCACAGUACGGGCCGUGUGCAGCUGGAGCUCGGUCAGCUCGGUGUCGAGCCAGUCAUGAGCAGCUGGGUCUUUCCUCCCGAUGUGCCGCGUGUGAAGGAGGAGGACUUGCCUCCUGUGACAUGCCUGGUGAGCCAAUGGCCCUUGGCGAAGCUAGUCCUGGUGCAACCCGCUGAAUGGUGGCAAGGUGUUUUGGAAAAGUCUAGCAAUCCGGCGGCGGAAGCGGAUGCCGCGAAGGUGCUGCAAGAGUUGGCGACGCAGGGGCACUUGGGCAAUCAGAUGCUGCACAAGGCCUUGCAGGCCCUCGAAGCGCCCUUGAAAGAACCCGGGUGGCACGAAAUCACUUGUGCAGCCUGUGCUUCAGCACUCUGCCACUGGGCAGCCUCGCGACCGCCUGGCGAUGCCUUACGGGCCGCCUUGCUUAGGCCGGUGCACCAGUUCUUGGGGCACGGAAGCACCUGGAGAGAGGACACAGGGCUGGCACGGGCGCGCGCUGCGGUGGCCAGGUGUCUCAGCUCGGUGCCUCAAUCCUUGGACCUUUGGCAGAACGUGCUGCUGCAGUGCCGCACCAUGGACCUGCAAAGCAGUCGCGAGGAUCCGUUGACGCUGGCGGCACUGGAAGUCCUCUCCUCCGUGCGGAGCAAGAGUAAGGCGGAGGCCUCCAGAGCCUUGCAAGACCGGCUCGCCCAGGAAGAGGCGGCGCUGGCGUCCGAGAAGCAGCGCUUGGCGGUGAUGGCGCUGGGCGCGUGGAGCGUUUUGAAGCAGCGCUGGGGAGCCGAGGACCUGCCCUGGGACUUUCUCACACCACUCCCGAGCAGCGCGAAACGAGCGCGAACAACACCCACUCCUUGGAGGAGGCGCUGGGCGCAGGCCUAUGCCAUGGGAUUCGCACCCAGCAGCCUUGAGGCAUGGUCGAUGGAGCACCCGGAUGGUCCUCAUGGCUCGAGGCCAGAGGCCACGAACGCCCCUCCCUGGAGCGCGCAGCGUCUCCUCGGCCCGAACGACGACGACGCCACCGUGGGAGCGAUGAAGGCGUCGUACCCAUGGAACCGGGCCGUGCGCAGGGAAGCCUGUGCAGCUGUGUGCCGAGGUGGCGCUUCUUCGAUCGCCUUGCAGCACCUUGAUGCCGCGCUGGCAGGAGAGCGGAUGCCAGGCCUCUCGUCCGGCGAAGCGUUGCAGCAGGCGCUUUGGACCGCCGAGGCCUUGUUCCACUUGCGGCUCCCCAAGCCAGGCAUGCCCAAUGCCGGGCCGCGCGCGGAUGACUGGCACCAGCGGGGCGGUGCAGUCACUCAGUCCCACGAGGAG